UAAUUGACAGCAUUAAUUUAAUCCAAAUGACAUCUUUAUUUAUUUUGUCACUUUUCAAGUCUUUCAAUUUUAAUCAAUUCUCUAGAUUCUGUUAGCAGCAUAAUAUUGAGACACUACAUUCCCACUUUCAACACUGAAUGUCUUUGGCAUAUGUAGGUCAGUACAUAUAUUUUCUUCAUGUCGGGAGAUAAACUCGCGCUUAUCCAGCAACUUCUUCUCUUACAUCGUGAAUACGUGACAAUUUAUCAUGUUAAGUAUAAUAUAAUAUUAAAUCUUGCUUAUAAUGAGAACAUGCUUGCAUUUUUUAUCGUAAGCAUAUAUACACAUCCUCUAUUUAGGUCUCAGUUUUUCAUUUUUAUGCUGCUUAAUAAAUUUAAACUAUUUUAAUAAAUUUAAACUAUUUAGAAGUAAAAACAUUUACAUUCCUCUUGUUGGCGAGUACUCUAACUUGCGUGAUCUUCGAAACGCAUAACGUCGUCCUUUCUCAUGCAGUCGUACGUAAUUUCAAUUAAUUAGUCAAUGAUGAUUACAGCAACGGAUGGACGUGUCAAGUCCGUCGUAGUAAGUGUAGGCUGCAACCGGGUGGCCGUUUAGUAACUGCAUACGGAUGUGGGUCGCUGGAAAUUCUCGUCGACGUCGGCGGGUGUUAUCUUCAACUCGACACAAGCCGACUCGACUUCGCAUAUUGGUGUAAUUUCGCUCAUUCCGCGCAAUUGAGCGGAUCUUCAUGAAAACACAUGUGUUUUCCUUGCCCCCGUACAGAGGCGUCUUUGUGAACAUCUAGAACAAACGUAACUUUCUUUUUCCUCAAGUUUCCCUCAAGUUUCCCUCAAGUUCUCUCCUCAGAGUUAGCAACAAGUGAAGUUAAGAGAAAAAUUGGUCGACUACACAUUAUGGUAUUUUUCAAAUUAUAGUAUUUUGCGUAAACGGAAAAUCACACGUGUAAAAUAAUUGCAUGAAUAUCGCGUAAUUAAUUGCCGGAUCUGAAGGCACUUGUUGCGGCAGCACAAGUUUUUGCAGUCCGUAUACAAAAUGAAUAUAUCUUAGACUGCAUAAAAUAACAGAAUGUAGUGCGCGUUUGAAACUGAUCAUCACGCGCUACGCAUAUAUGGUCGGAGAUACCUUCACGCGUGAAUCAUUCAACUAGCUUUAACGUGCCUUAUUAGAGGAAGCCCGACCCUCGAUAAUACCCAUGAUGCAGCUCAAGUGUAUCCAAUACCGUGUGAUUACACACAUGCGAUCGAUGAUUAUCGCGACGAGGAAAAGAUUCCCGGUUGACGAUGUUAUUUUUAGAAAUGAGUUGGGUACCUUGUGGAAUCGCCGUCUUUUUUAAAUUUCAAUGCUGACCUUUUUCUCGCGAGAAAGUAACCGGUAUUGAUCUAAGAAUCGCGAUACAGGAACGUUCGUGCAUGUGUAUUCUUGUUAUUAUCGUAUCGCAACGUGUUUUAUCUUUUAUAACACGCAUGAAAAUAAAAUAAAAACAAGGCGGAAUUCCGAAUAAUAGCUCUUUUUGCGCUGCCUCGCGUUGUUUUGGCGAAAGGCGUGCAUAAAUCGCGUGCCUACUCGCUCGCGCCGCUAUAAAUUACAGCCAGCUGAAAAUUAUGAGCUGUCUGCGAAUUAUGUUUGCCGAAUGGUAUGUUUGCCGCCGAUUAUUACGUCAUGCAUCUCGCAUUAAACGUAACAAUCGCAAUAAGCCACGCGAAGCACGUCCUAAUCGGGUCUAUUCAGAUGCAAGUACGGAAUUGAUGAUCCGCGUGUCACAAAUCGUGUAAUAGUAUGCAUCUUAUAAUGUAUUACAAUCCAUUUUUGUCGCUAACAUUUUAUUCUCUUGCUUGAUCGGAGAUUGCAAAGGCCGCUGGAAUCCUAAUUAAAUCAUAAUUAUUCAAAGGUCAAAAGUUGGGAAAAUAUUACAAAAUCGUAACGCAUGUGCAAUACAGUGAACGUUUGUUCAGGAAACGGCAUUGCUGAAAGACCUUGCGGAUGUCGCUAUCAAAUGAAUCAGAGAUAAAUUAUAAUUGCUGCAAUAUUUGUAUUGCCUCAUCUCCACGAUUUUCACCUCCGGCUAGGUCUCACGUCUAACGGCUCGCAAGAAUUAGAAUUCCUGAGCUGCUAAUGUGCAGGAAUGCAUUACGCGUGUUCUUCACUCUUUAGCGUGUUUUCUAGUCACCCAUAUAUAUUUAGUGACACGACAGUCGCUCAAGCUACUCUUGAAAGGUCAACAUUGAUCACCGCCUAUAAGCACGCUGCUGAGAACUUAAAAGUAAAGUGCUGCACGAGUAAGGUGUCUAAGACUUACAACAGAGGAAUAAUAAACGAGAGUGGAGCGGCUGCCGCCCACGGCGGGCGAAUAUUCGCACGUUAAUUGCGUUAAUAAAAGAUUACAUAUUCUUUUACGCGCAAAGUUUCGAGUGCAGUUGCAACAAUAAUGAGAAACGACGUGGAACGAAGACUAUGAAGACUAUGAAGUAAUAUUAAUUGAAUGAAGCGAAAGCGCGAUCGUGUUACUGAGAGAAAGUUGUACAUACGAAAGAAUGGUAUACAAUCAAAAAUGCAACAGAAUCAGGAUAUUUAAUAUUUUAUUUAUUUGUUUUAUUAGAGAUUGAAGCAAUAGAAAUCAUUCGUGUACUCAUUUGCUUCUUUGAUUUAAAAAAGUAUCUACUACUGAAGUCAUCUAUGAAACAUAAUCUGUGAAUCUAAAUUUUGAAUAGCGGUGAUAGGAUAAUUCGUCAUAGAAAUCCCCGUUUCCGGCGGAAAAGGCUUCUUGGUAACCGCGUUCAGGAAAUAGCGUUGUUUGAUCGAUGUUGAGAGCCGUUUACAGCUGGACUCGCUCUCCGAGCGGCUGUAGUUGUCACGAGGCACGAGAACGAUGCCGAGAAAAGGGGUUAAGUACCAGUCAAGUUGGACGCUGCACGACGAAAAUAUCGAGAAUGUGGAGCACGUAAGCCUCGCUCCCGAACUUCAGCAAGAACUGGGUUGCUCAGUCGGCGAGCAUGUGUUUCUGGAAUACCCAUGGGCCUACGUGUCGCGAGAGGUGAUUUUGAGUCUCGCCAAUGUUACGGGGUCACCGCUGGAACCCUAUCAAGAUAAGAUCAAGGCUUACGAGGGCAAUACUUUCCUCGUGGGCUACUCAUCUACUCAAUUGAGCGCCUGCGACUUUGUGAUCUGUUUGACGGAGGAGGCGCGGUCGGCGAUAGUGAAAAGAAACGCCGGUAUCAGUAAGAGUAUUCGAAACGAAGUCAUCCGGAGAAUCAGAAAAACCGGAAGGCUCUGGAAAUCCCUUGGAAGCGAGUCGCAAUUAGAUGAGAGACAGAUCAGAAACACUAGAGAAGUUUUUGAGGUGGAAGUGCGUCUUCCCGUCGAGUCUUUAGGCUUAAAUCGAAAGCUCUCUGACAGAUUAUCGGAAGCAUCUUAUGAUAGCUAUGUAGAGCUGAUACCUUAUGAGAAAUUUGAGAACAUCGAGAAAAAGUGUAUCUCCAGGAUAACUCAAACGCAUUUUGAGCCACGGGAUGUCGAGAUGCAGACCUAUCCCGGUCAUCCCAAGAGUGCCUGGACCCAAUACGUGUACGAGGACACUCUGAACUUGCAGGCUGAUAACGGCGCAUCGAAAGAUGAAGAAGAGAAAGAGUCCACCGAGGAGAAAUCGGAAAAAGAAUCCGAGGGAAAAAAAGAGACCGAAGAUUCCAAAGACGCGUCCGAGACCUCCACGGAACAGAAGCCGCCGGAGAAAAGUCCCUUGGAGUUGUUCUUGGAAGCUCACGCGCAGGAGAUGAUCGAUGCUGUGUGUUACAACACAGUCAUGAAUGUAUACGUGGACGAUAUCGAAAUGCUUACGCGACGAGGUUCCGAAAUAGCCUGGCCGGGUGAUGAUGAGAUCACUUACGCGGAACGGUUUUCUCUCGUCUACUUGCGCCUUACGAUAGGCAAGGUCGUCUCCGACGCCUCCUGGCAUCCGAGUCUCGCCGGCUACGUGGCUAUUUCUUAUGUUAGCGUACCGUCAGCCGUUGGAUACGACGCAACAACGUCGACGAAAAGCGAAUCGACGGUGCUGCUCUGGUCCCUAGACGACUCCCUUUGACCUCGGCUGUUCCUGCGAUGCCACCAGGAUAUUUACAGCAUUUCCUUCUGCCCUACGAACGGCGAUUUUAUAGUUGGCGGUUCCGCAUCAGGCCAAGUGUUUGUUUGGAAUAUACACAGCUGGAUGGAAGAUCGAGAUAUUGAUCGGACAGACAAGCCUGAUUCUCAAACUCGAGACACCGUACCGGUAGUUUCCGCAAUCAUAGUGUCUGGCCGAGAUCACUCGCACGAGCAGCUGAUCCGCCGGAUACAAUGGCUCCCGGACAAUUACAGGAUAGAGCCAUCCGGGAAGCUGACAAAGCUGUCGACUAGCUCGAGCUGCCAGUUCAUGACGAUUUCUGAAGACGGCAUCGUCGCCAUUUGGGAUUUGCUCAAGUACUCCAUUACCUCUCAGCUAAAGUCGAGUGACUGUAAGGGUUUUGACGACACGUUCCGACCGACUUAUCGCCUGGAUCUUCGGCCUACCAGGGAUUCAUUUUUCACGCCUCUCUAUCUGUGUCUCCCAUCGGUCAGUGUUUUCCAGGAAGGCGACAGGCAUCACGGCGAACUGGAUUCCACGGAGGGAGAUCACACGAGGAGAUUGUGGAUCAGCACGGCGCAGGGGCAUUUUAGCUGCUGCAGCUGGGAAGGCCAGGUGCUCGACGUUGAAACGUCUGGCUUGGAGCAGUGCAAGGUACUUGAUGGCUUCUUUGCGCACGACGGUCCCGUUAUAGGGAUUUUCCGAUCGCCGCAUCUUGAGGACGUUCUGCUGACAGUGGGUGGCCAUCUGUUCGCUAUUUGGAAAGACGAUUUCCUGGAUAUGCCGUUGUUUCGACGUAAAUCCAAUUGCAUAUACACUGCGUGUUGCUGGAGCAAUCGACCGGGCGUCUUCGUGAUGGGCACUGGCCAGGGCGAUUUAGAGGUAUGGGACAUCAGGAGAAGGGCGAAUGAGCCGGUGUUCACACGGACUAUCUCCAGGAAGCCGAUCACUGUAUUGUCGCUUCAGGAUUCGUGCAAGAACGGCUUGAAGCUGAUCGGCGCCGGCGAUUGCAGCAGUAUCUUCCAUAUUUUUGAGGAAUCAAUGGACUUUGACGAUACAGUUGAGAGGAUGGAUUGGUUCGAGGAGUACGUGUGGAGAGAAGUAAGGAGGAAGAAGAUGUUUUUGGCGUGGCAGAAAGAUUUCCUGCAAACUGACCCACAAGCCAUUGCUAGAAGACAGGCGAGAGAAGAGGAGGAACGCAAGUCGAAACUCGAGAUGACACGACAGAAACUUCAAAAGGAGCAUGAGGAACGACUGAAAAUGGAAGCUGAAGAGAAAGCACGUCAAGUGGUAAAGCCCAAAGACGUUAAGUGGAAAUUGCGGCAGCAAAAAAGAAUGGAGGAGGCCCUUUUGGAGAAAAAAAGAUUUGUACCACGAGAACUAGAAGAGAAAAGACAACCGUUGGUUUCUCUAGCUGAAGAAAGGAAUAUAAAGAUGACCAAAGCACGGAACGAAGCUGCGCUUCAGGACAACUAUUUCGAUAAUUUCGUGUCCGUUCAAUUGCCGGAAUAUAUUAAUUUGCUAGAAGAGAGCGAGAGUCCGAAAGAAGAUACUGAAAGAGAGGAAACAGAACCGAAUGAAGAAGAAGUACAAGAAUAUUUGCAAAAAUUUUAUGAAUUCAGGGAGGAACUGCAAAAGAUGCUGGCAGAGAAGUCGUAUGUUCCAGAAUUUAACUUGAAGACUUUUAUGAAGAUAGUAAAGGAAAGAAUGGAAGAAAGCAUGGAGAAUUCAUAGAUACAAGUGCGAAAUUGGAAAGACUGACCAUUGCAAUCUUACAAAAAUUUAAAUUGUACACGUGAGUUAAUAAGACAGUUGAAGAAAUAUUCAAAGAAUUGUCUGAGUAAAUUACACAUAACUGCGAAAAACAUGAGCGUAUAAAAAAAGUUAUAAUUAAAUAAUAUUAUUUUUAGAAAAUAAUAUUACGCAAAGCGAGACGAAGUAUUAAUAAAGCAUAGAAAUUAAUAUGUAACGCGACAGAAAAAUUUUAAGCAGACAUGUUAUUAAUUAAUUAAAUUAAUUUAUACCGAGUGCUAAGAAUACAUUGAAUUGGAAUAAAUGCCAGUCUUCAGAACGUGAAUGAAGAAACUGUUUUUAGUAUCGCGGUUGUUAAACUCCCCUCAUCUCGUUAAGUUGCCGCGCAAUGUGGAUAACGGAGGCAUUUAAUACAU